AUGAGACUAAGAGGAUGCUCAUCUAGGCGCGCAGCUCAAGCACCAAGAAAGGGGAAGCAUGAAGUUGAAACUUAUUCCCUUCUAUCAUCACAAAUCUCAGCUUUGAAUGCGAAAAUCGAUGGGAUGCGCAUGAAUGCUAGUACAUCUAUGCCCGUCAAUGCUAUGGCUACCUCUAGCCAAGGUGGAGUUGCUUGUGAUUAUUGCGGUAUGCAUGGUCAUUCUCUAAUGGAGUGUUCUGUUAAUCCCAAUGAAGCUAUGGGAGUGCCAGAGCAAGUCAAUGCUUUUCAAGCUCGCCCUCCUUUCAACAACAAUAGCUACUAUCCUGGAAUUCGGAAUCAUCCUAACUUGUCAUAUCGUAGCAACAAUGUGUUAAAUCCUCAACAGCAACACUUUCUACCACAAGCACCACAACAACAAUAUGGGCAACAUCAGCAAUUUCAGCCCAAUCAAGGACCACCCGGUUUCCAAAGGCCUCCUCAAGGCCAUCAACAGCAGCAAUUUCAGAACCAACAACCCCAAUCCGAAUUGGGGGAAUUGAAAAACAUGAUGGCCCAAAUGGCCAAACAGCUUGAGCAACUCGGAGCAUUGCCCGGCCAACCCACUCAACCACAUAGCAAGGAGACCGCCAAUGCAAUCACUACAAGGAGCGGGUUGAGUUAUGAUGAGCCACCCAAGCCUCGCAAUGAAGAGUCAAAUUCGAAAGAUGUGGGCAUUCCUGAAGUGGUUAUUGAUAAAGCAUCUUCUGAGGCAGUGCACGAGAAGGAGAAAGCGAAAGAAGAGGCAUUGCAAGUGCCUCCCAUUACACUUCCUUUUCCCAACCGCCAAGUGAAGAACAAACUUGACAAGCAGUUCGGUAAGUUCUUGGAGGUGGUUAAGAAUUUGCAGGUAACAGUUCCUUUUACUGAAUUAAUCACACAAGUGCCUGCUUAUGCUAAAUUCAUGAAGGACAUAUUGACUAGGAAAAGAGCUUUUAGUGAGGUGGAAACGGUUGCUUUUACUGAACAAUGUAGUGCUUUGCUACAAAAUAAAUCCCCUCCAAAACUGAAAGAUCCUGGUAGUUUCUCCAUCCCCUGUCACAUUGGGACACUGUUUAUUGAUAAAGCUUUAUGUGAUUUAGGAGCUAGUGUCAGUGUAAUGCCUUUUUCUGUCUGUUCUAAACUGAAAAUGGGAGAUCUAAAAGUCACCAAUAUUACUUUAUAA